UGAGAGUGACCCUGAGUCUCCCUUCCUCUCCACAACGAACACGAACGCCUCCUAACCCGCUGUACCAUGGGGAAAACAUCAAAGGACAAGCGAGAUGCCUAUUACAGGCUAGCGAAAGAACAAGGCUGGCGUGCCCGUAGCGCCUUUAAACUUUUGCAACUCGAUGAAGAGUUUGACCUCUUCUCUCACGUGACGAGAGUGGUUGACCUCUGUGCGGCACCUGGUAGCUGGUCUCAGGUACUGUCGCGUGUCCUCAUCAAGGGAGAGAAGUUCGGGCGCACCGCCUGGCAAGACCGCGAAGCUCGCUUUCGCCAACAAAUGCUCAAUGUCCUACCCAGCAUAACAUCCAGCGACCCCCCGAAGCCGACAGAAGAAGGCAUCUAUGCGCCUCGUCAACCCGAGAGAAGUACACCAGGGGACGUCAAGAUCGUCUCCAUCGACCUCCAACCCAUGAGCCCUCUCCCCGGCGUCGUCACCCUUCGCGCCGACAUCACUCAUCCCGCCACGGUGCCACUCCUCCUCAAGGCCCUCGAUCCCGACUACGACCCCGCCGCGCGCAGCAGCAAGCAGCCGGCCUCGCAACCCGUCGACCUCGUCAUCAGCGACGGCGCGCCGGACGUCACGGGCCUGCACGACCUCGACAUCUACGUCCAGUCCCAGCUCCUCUUCGCCGCCCUGAACCUCGCCCUCUGCGUCCUCAAGCCCGGCGGAAAAUUCGUGGCCAAGAUCUUCCGAGGCCGGAACGUCGACGUCCUGUACGCCCAGCUGAAGAUCUUUUUCGAGAAGGUCUUCGUCGCCAAGCCCCGCUCCUCGCGCGCCAGCAGCGUCGAGGCGUUUAUCGUGUGCAUUAAUUUCCGGCCCCCCCCGGGUUUUCGGGCGAGCCUUGAGGAUCCGCUUGGCGUGGGGAGCGGGUUGCCCGAGAUGGCCGAGGAGAGGACGCGGCAGCUGCCCGUUCUCGCCGAUGCUCUCAUGCAAAACCCGGGGACUGCGGCCUGGGAUGUUGCACCCUCCAAGUCCCUCUACGAUCCAGGGAAGGAUGUGGUUGAGGUGGAAGCUUACGAUGAAACGAACAACUUGGAUGGAUCAGAAAAGGACGACAUCAAGUGGAUAGCGCCGUUUAUCGCCUGCGGUGACCUGUCAUCCUUCGAUUCCGAUGCUUCGUAUCAACUUCCAGAUGGACACGUCUCUCUGGAUCCAGUCCAACCACCGACAGCACCACCUUACAAACGAGCAAUCGAGCUGAGAAAGGCAGUGGGUGGUUCAUACGGAAAGACGGCUGUCAAAGGCUAGAACAGAAAGUAAAGAAAAGAAAGAAAAAAGCAGAAAAAAAGAGGAACGAAAAGCAUACAUAAGAGGGAACCGGUGCCACUAUCUCCACGUACUUUUCGAGUAUGACGCGUCUGAACAAUGCCCUGUGGCAUAUUUGAGUCUGGACAGACUUUGUCUGGACUAUAGAUUUCGGGAGUCUAUGUCACAAAACCCCCCAGCCGUCCAUUACCCCAUCCGACUAUAAUCCACAGGAAGGUCAUGUCCUACCAUUCUCAUCAACAGAGCCUCAUCAAUAUUGGCAUAAGGAUCGAGAAUACGCUCAAUCUUCUCCGGCCAGUCAUCCAGACCAGUCAAAGUAGGCAAAGCAAAAGGUAUAGGCCCAAUACUUCGGAUACCAGCCUGUCGUCUCCCAAUCCUCAGCUAGGUUAUCUCCCAUAGCAUUCACUGAGCC